CUGUGGCAGAGCGCUGCAGGGAGGAAGAUUGCAACGUUUGGACAGUGUCUCCCUCACCAUAACCACAGGAUUUUACCGCUCCUCUGUUUUAUCUUACUUUGUUUCGUUAUCUGAGAAUCGAAUAGGGGGAAGAGCCAAGAUCAUCUUCUCAUUAUGUUAUAAGCCGAAGCUUUGUGGAUCAGAGACUGGCCUUGGGGGGAGGGGGGAGGGGGGACAAUUGGCUUGUUUCGCGCCCAACGCUUAUCAAUCAGCCAAUUACAACCAUUCUGUUUUGGAGGGGUCUUUUCAGCGCCCGUUUUGGAGGAUGCAGGGUGAGAAGCCAAAAGCAAAGAUUCCGGAUGCCGGCUACAUCUUCUUGGGGUGAAUAGGAGGGUUAUCGAUGCCAUUUCAGCAGCAGUAGAACCGGUUGGUGCGCUCUAGCUGCCUCUCACCGGCCGAAAGUAGCCUUUAUGCAUGUUCCAAAACUAAGAGAAAUAGAAUAACAAAUGGUUAUUUGAUUUCUGAAUCACCAUCAACUGUUUUGGAAGAAAAUCUGGAUCAUAAAAGAAAGGAAAUCGUCUGACCGAAUAAAAAAAAAUAAGACUGAGGAGUUCGGAUUUAGGGGCGACAGAGAAGUGGACCAAUACACAACGAUUAUAUAUUUUUUCCGGCUGGCUAUUAUAGCUUGCUUGUAGGAUAUGACAACGACACAAUUGGUUAAGGUAUACAAUGUGUCAUUUCAUAUGCACAAUUGUUAAUGGUCAGUCCGUGUAUUACAUCACUCAGCCCUAAUUUAUAGCUUGAUAAAUUAAAAUCCCGCCUGAAAUCUGAUUUAGCGGUAUUGUAGCCUAUCGAGGCCUAAAGAACAAUUUGGCCACAUCAUGGUUAUUGCAAUGCGGCAUGGAGCCCAUCUAAUAUGGGUAUGCCUUCUCGUCUGCUGUAUGGUAGACAUAGGGGCCUCUAUGGAGUUUACAGGUGCAGAGGGCCAGUGGGCCAGGUUUCCAAUGUGGAAUGCAUGUUGCGAGAGUGAAAUGAGCUUCAACAUGAAAACCAAGAGUUCCCACGGGCUGUUAGUGUAUUUCGAUGACGAGGGAUUCUGUGACUUUUUGGAACUCCUAAUACACAACGGUAAACUCAGUCUUCGAUUCUCCAUCUUCUGCGCUGAGCCUGCAAUGGUUCUAACCAACACCACGGUGAACGACAGCCAGUGGCACACGGUGACAAUAAAGAGAAACUUUAAAAACACGACGCUAAUGGUGGACAAAGAAGUGAAAUGGGUCGAAGUGAAGUCGAAAAGAAAGGAUAUGACUGUCUUCAGCUACCUGUUCCUUGGGGGGAUACCGCCGGAAUUACGCUCUGUGGCUUUACGGUUAACGCUGGCUGCUGUCAAGGACCAGGUGCCUUUUACCGGAUGGAUAACGGACGUAAAGGUCAACAAGACAGAUUCGGCUCUCCUAAACAGCGCGGGGGUCAUUAACGACCUCUGCAGUGCGGCGGCCAACAUGUGUUUAAACGGAGGGGUCUGUAAUGUCAUUAACCACCAACCCACGUGCGACUGCUCGCAGACUGGAUACCAGGGCAAGGACUGCAGCAACGAAGACAACCGUGUUGAAGGUCUGGCAAACUUGAUGAUGGGCGACCAAGACAUGUGUCCUCAGGGUGAACAUAGACUCCUCAGGGUGAACAUACCUCCUCCUGCAGACGUGUGUCCUCAGGACGUGUGUCCUCAGGGUGAACAUACUCUCCUCCUGCAGACGUAUGUCCUCAUGAUGUGUGCCCUCAGGACGUGUGUCCUCAGGAUGUGUGCCCUCAGGACGUAUGUCCUCAUGACGUGUGUCCUCGGGGUGAACAUACUCUCCUCCUGCAGACGUGUGUCCUCAGGACGUGUGCCCUCAGGGUGA